AUGGCGCAAGAGUUGGGGGACAGAGUCUGGGUAAGCGGAACAAAACCUGGUCAGAUUAUGUAUAUUGGGGAGACCCAGUUUGCCCCAGGUGAGUGGGCUGGUGUUGUUCUGGACACCCCUGAUGGCAAGAACAAUGGCUCAGUGGCAGGUGUCCGUUACUUCAUGUGUGAGCAGAACAGGGGUAUUUUCUCCAGACUGACCAAGCUGAGCAGGACACCCCUGGGCAGCACUGGAGCUGAAGCAGAUGCCGUGGCAGAUGGACGCUCUGUCCCUAGCUCCAGAAGGUCCUCAAUUGCCAUGGGAACACGAGCCACCAAUGCAUCAAUGGUCACAAGCCCCAUGGAUUCAUCAAUGAUCUCCUCACCUGGUGAGGACCUGGAGCUGGGUGAUAAGGUGAUUGUCUCCAGCAGCUCUGGCUCCAAGACGGGCCUACUACGCUACCUGGGCAAGACCGAAUUCGCCGAGGGGCAGUGGGCGGGCGUGGAGCUGGAGACGCCCUCGGGCAAGAACGACGGCACCGUGGCCGGCAAGCGCUACUUCUCGUGCCGGCCCAACUACGGCCUGUUCGCGCCUGCCCACAAGAUCUCCCGGCCGGCGCGGCGCAGCUCGCAGAAGAUGGGCGUGCACGCGCUGCGCCGUUCCACGUCGCGAGAAGUCGCUGCAGCGCACGCGCAGCUGCAGAACACGCUGAGGGACGAGCGCCACCGCGCGGAGGAGCUGCAGUUCUCCGCUGAGGAGGCGGCCAUCGUGCGCGCCGAGCUCGAGCGCGAGCGCGCCGACGAGGUGCGCACGCUGGCCAAGGAGCGCGACGAGGUGCGCCUUGAGGCGGCGCGCGCCGCCGCCGACAUCAACGAGAACAUGCAGCGCAUCAUGCUGCUGGAGGGAGAGGCGUCGCGCGUGCGGCACGAGGCGGACGACGAGCUGGCCAGCCUGCGGGCGCAGCUGAAGAAGCGCGCCGACGAGCAGCGUGCGCUGGCGGGCGACGACCUGGAGCGUCAGCUGCGCGAGGCGACAGGUCGGCAGCAGGCGGCCGAGAGACGCGCCGAUCAGCUGCAGACGCAGCUGGACACGUGGCGCCGUGACGGCGAGCUGCUCAAGGAGCGCGUCACGGCACUGAAGGACUUCGCCGACGGCAAGGCGGCGGAGGCAGACUCGCUGGCGGCGGAGAACAAGGCGCUGCUGCAGCGCGUGGAGGAGAGCGCCGCGGCCGGCUCGAGGGACGCCGAGCAGUGGGAGAGAAAGCGGGCCGCGGCGACGACUCGGUUGGCCGCGUCCGCCGAGGCGUGCGAGCGAAGUCGGAAGGCGGAGGCGACGCUGCGGCAGGAGGCGGCCGACAGACAGCUGACGCUGUCAGACCGCGAGCGGCAGCUGGCGGAGCUGGAGGCAGAGCUGGCGGCGCUGCGGGCCGACAAGGAGCGGCUGGCACAGCAGGUGACGGCCAGCGGGGACGCGCAGCGAGAGGCGGACGGCCGUCGGGCGGAGCUGGAGCGGCUGAGAGCUGAGCUCGACGAGAAGAGCGCCGCCGUCGCCGCGCUGACGGACGGCCGCGCCGAGGUCGACGCAAAGCUGGCCGAGACUGAGCGCCGGCUGGAGGAGCGGCGCGCCGAGGCGGGGCGAGUCGCUGACCAGCUGCGACAGCUGCAGCGCAGCUCCGCAGCUGCCGGCGACGAGCGGCGCGCCGAGGCCAGCUGCCAGCAGGAGGAGCUGCAACGGCUUCGACAAGAGGUAGAGCUACUGAAGCAGGAGCGUGACUCCAGAGAGGAGGAUGCUGCUGUGGUCCGACAGGAGCAGGGUAAGGAACUGGAGAGGCUCAAGAAGGAACUGUCGUCCAAAGAAGGAGACAGCGCCGCGGCUCGGCAGGAACAGCAGGAGGAACUGGAGAAGCUGAAGCUGGAGCUGGAGUCCGUAAUGCAAGACGCUACUGCGAUUCAACAGCAGCAGAAACGGAAGCUGGAGCGGCUGACGGAGGAAUUGGCUUCCAAGGAGGCAGACGGCGCUGCGUCGAGGCAAAAGUUGGAGAAGGAGCUGGAGCGACUUGAACAGGAGUUGGCCUCCAAGAAACAGGACUCUGCUGCAGUCGGGCAGGAGCAAAAGCAGGAACUGGAACGUCUCAAGCAGAAACUGAACUCAACGGAACGAGAAAACGCAGCAUUUCGGCGGGAGCAGGAAGCCAAACUGGAGCAGCUGCACGAGGAGCUCGACUCCAGGGACCGGGACGUGGUGGCGGUCCGUCUGGAGCAGCGGGAGGAGCUCGAGCGACAGCAGCAGGAGCUAGACGACGCCCGGCGCGAAGCCGAGACCAGUCGGCGCCUGCUGCUGGAGGUGCAGCAGCGCGCGCGGCCGGCGCCGGCCGUGCCGCUCACCAACGGCGCCGCCGAUGCGGCCGGCCACGUCGACUUCCUGAACUCGGUCAUCGCCGACCUGCAGGGCAGGAACGACGAGCUGACGCGCCAGGUGCGCCUGCUGGCGGUGGGCGACGAGGACGAGGAGGAGGAGGCGGCGUCGCCGGCGGCGCCCGCGCGGCCGCCGCCGCGGCUGUGGUGCGACAUCUGCGAGGAGUUCGACCGCCACGACACGGACGAGUGCCCAACGCAGGCGAGCACGCCCGAGGAGCCGCCGCCGAGCCGGCACGGCGGCGCGCGCGGCGUGCGCCGCCAGUUCUGCAUGGCCUGCGAGAUGUUCGGCCACACGGCCGACCAGUGCGACGCCGGCGAGACGUUCUAAGCCGCCGGUCCCGACAGGUGGCGCCAUCUGUUGUAGGACGUGGGCUGGAGCUCCGCUCCUGAGGUGUGUUUGGGUGGGCCGGAAUAGCUGAUUCGGAGGCCUACGUGGGUUGGACGGCCGGAUGCCGCUGUCAUGUUGUCACUGGGCGUAUGGCGGAAAGAGAUACAACUAACUACACUCGUUGGUUCCACGCGGUGGCGCGCCGUGGCCUGGUGCAUUCGUAUGCAAACUCGCGAAGCCGUGAAUUGCCCUUGAAUAUGGAUAGAUGACCUGCGCGUUGUCCUCGCCUCGUUAACAUGUUUGGAGCCGUCCCGCCGCAUGUCCGCGGUCACUGUUGUACGGAGCGGCCGGCCUUUUGAGGUGGCCUUAGCGGUACUCCGUGGAUUGUUCUCACAGUUUAUCGGAAGUGGUUCGUUGCACAGCGUGGGUUAGCGUUAUAUGAGACGUUUAUCUGUGUAGACUCUAAGUGCUAGUAGCAGCCCAGAUUAACUUAUCAACGUUAUUAAUCGCCUGAACUGGGGCGGCCUUUCAACGGACGCGCAUUGCCUCUGAUGCGGUUUGGUAGCAUCCGAAAUGUGUUGGAUGCGGUAACUCUCGUGCUUGUACAAACAGCCAGGAAGGUCGGGGAGACGCAGCCAUGCGACCGGUCUGUCCUCUUGCCCAGGUCACACGAGGUCACACGGCGAGGACGAUGUUAACUGUCUGUGAUUUAAACUUCCACAAACCGCAUUGUGUUGAAAGCGGGUUGAGCAUUUCUCCGAAGGUUUGCAUGCUGGGCUCCGUUGCAAUGGUUCGCUGGGGGUGUCGGAUACUCCGUUGUGUGCUGGGACUGGCUGUCGCUCUUCCUGUGUGUUCGUCUGCUUGUUUGUUUCUCCUGUCCACAGCCCCCACCGCCUGGUUCUCGCCCCGGUCGUGUUUUUGUCUUUCGCUGUCUAUAUCCAUCCCUUUCAACUCUAUAAACAGUUUCCUCUAUCCGCGACAGCUUUCAACUCCAUAUCCGGUCUCCUCUAUCCGUGACAGCGGUCAACUCCAUCCCUUUCAACUCCAUAUCCGGUCUCCUCUAUCCGCGACAGCGCUCAACUUCAUCCUUUCAACUCCAUACGCGGUUUUCUCUACCGGCGACAGCGUUCUCAUCCAAACGCGUUAUCAAAACUGACUGGGAGAACAUAGACUCGGGUGCCCCAGACUGGCGCGGCGGUGUGGAAGCAAUGUUGACUGGCGUAGCGACCGCUGAUUCUAUGUUGCGUUACCGUUACACUAACCACCGAGCGUGUGCUCUGCACGGCGACGCGGCUGGCCGGCGGCGAGCCCGCCACCUGUUGCGCGGGAUGUGCGCUCUGCAGAGCCGUGGGCAGCGGCGGAUCCCGAUCGGACUUGGUCCGCAUCCCACGCGGACUGUCGCCUCUGCUCGGACCUGGUGUGCGCGUGGACGCCCGCGGCUUGUGCGCAGAGGCGUGACGAACGGGCCGCUGUCGCGCCGUUGCACUCGGGCCGUUGCACUCGGGCGCGCUAUCACAGCUUUUCGCCGAGCUGUGGUGGGCCGAGGGCGGCGCCGGCGACUCGCCCAGGCUUGCUGGUGUUAGCUCGCAACUUUUCACCGCCUGAUGAUGUCACUGGUCCGGGUCGUGCGCGCGCGCUGCCGUCCGUCUGCUCGCGGCCCCGUGCUGGGCAGCCGAGGAGCCCAGCUACACUGCCGAGUGCCUGUUAGCUAGCGUCGCACCCGCGGCAUGGCGCGUUGUUUUACGUCACCUCGACCGAAGCCGGGCGGUAUUUUUGGUUGUAGCCUCAUAUGAUGACAAUACACGAUGCGUUG